AUGCGUCCUUCCGCUAUCACCCUCUUCGCCCUUGCGGUGACGCCCAUCUCCGCCGUGGACAUCUCGCCUCGUGCGGGCACCUGCCCUGCUGUUUGGCAGACUAUCGCUGCCGAUCUCACGAAUCUCUUCCGAGGUUGCAACAAAGCAGCUCGCUCAGCCGUUCGCGCUGUGCUCCACGACUGCUUGCCUGAUGGCUGCAACGGCAGCUUGAUUCUUUCCCAGGAAGAAUGCUCACGAGUCGAGAACCUUGGACUGCAAGCGCUCUGCACGACACUCAACCAGAAGCGUAUUCAGUACCGUGUUGGUGCUGCUGACAUGGUGCAAUUUGCUGGUGCAAUGGCACUUUCAGCAUGCCCGCUCGGCCCCCAGGUUCAGGCGCUUGUGGGCAGAAAAGACAGCCCACAAGCUGCACCACGAAACGGCCUACCCAGGAGCUCGGAUACUGUCCAAAAGAUUCUGAGCAUGUUCGCGGCCAAGGGAUUCUCCCCUCAAGACGUGGUUGCGCUACUUGGAACACACAGCAUAGCGAUCCAGGUCCAAGAUGAUCCCUCGAGAGCUGGUGCAUCACUCGACUCGACGCCAGCUGUUUGCGACAUUAGGUAUUACGCAGAGACAAAGGCCGGAACUGCGCCUUAUUCUCUUCGGAGCGAUCGUCUCAUGUCCAGCGCGGCCGAGACUUAUAGAUCAUGGGCCGUCUUCGCAAAGUCGACCGCGCUAUGGGCCAAUGCUUUUACAAGUGCAUGGAACCGGUUCGCAGUCAUUGGCAACAACGUACAGACUCUCCAGGACUGCUCUCAUCUUGUCCCCAAGUCCAGGGUUCCCCGUGCCAGACAGGUGGCUCAUGCACAGAUGAUGGAAAAGUUGACCAAGAAGUUCAUAGAAAAGGAGCAUUAA